AUACAUUUUCUCAUCAGUUUCGAAAAUAAUCGUAACAUUUUUGCAUUAGGAGGGAAUCGAUUCUCAUUUCCUUCUAGUUUUAGGUUGUAUUACCGUCGGUUACUUAUUUUUUCUUGCACAUCAAUUUGAAUCAUGGCUGGCAUUGAGAUUACUGUGAUAGAUUAUUAUCAUUCAAAAAUAAACAAGGAUUCCAAAAUGGAAAUCAAAAUAGGCGAACUCCCGAAAGUUCUCAACAAAACGUAUUUGGGAAAAUUGAAUGCAACACCUUCCAUGAACAACCCUGUUAAAGACACCCAAGGUGGAGAAAAGCAAAUGGAAUCCAUGCUCGCUUAUAUCAAACAAAAAGGGUGGGCAGGCGAAUCGAAACCCAAUUUUGUUAUGAAUAGAAAUGUGAUAGGAGCAAUUCCGUCAUCGACCGGCGUAGAAAAUUUUAUCGUUUUCAAAACGAACGAUGUUCAGGUUAUAGUGAAAACUCCGAAAGAAAAAGGUCAGGAAUCAGAAGGCAAUCAAAUGGAACCAUGGAAAUCACUCAUUUAUGGUGUAAACUUCGAACAUCAUUGCACCAAAACAGCAAAUGAACCAUUGCCUACCAAUGAUGCAGUUACGAAGGCAGUAUUGAAGGCGCAUGUUCCAAGAACACAAGAAGGUUCAAAUAACUCGUCAUAUAGUAUUCUCUACUCGGCACAGAUUGACGGUAUCGAUGAUAAACGUCAACACUACGAGAUGAAGGUUCUCAAUGGAGGGCUAACAAAGUAUCAUCUGGAAAAUAGUUCCUGCUGGUUUUACUGGCAAUCAGUGUUUGGAAAUUGUAAUACUCUGAUUGUUGGUUCAAGAACUGGCAAACAGGACCAGGAUCCAAAGACAUUGACAAAGACAAGAGAAAGACAAAGAGAAGAAUUGGAUGAUAUAUCAUACGUUUCAAAAUUUAGUGCCGGGAAAAAGAGAUCUUCCGAAAAUAAGGACACAAAUCAUGGAUCAAGCAAGAAAUCGAAAAGCUCGUCAUCUUCUAAGACACCAGAAGCUGAUAAUGACUCUUCGAAGACACCAGAAGCUGAUAAUGACUCUUCUAAGACACCAGAAGCUGAUAAUGACUCUUCUAAGACACCAGAAGCUGAUAAUGACUCUUCUAAGACACCAGAAGCUGAUAAUGACUCUUCUAAGACACCAGAAGCUGAUAAUGACUCUUCUAAGACACCAGAAGCUGAUAAUGACUCUUCUAAGACACUAGAAGCUGAUAAUGACAAUCAUCUUCGUGGCCUACCAGAGUUGUCGCUAUACAGAGUUCGGCAUCUCAAACGAGAGGAUAUUCCUAAGUACAAAGACGUCAAGUGGAAUAUAGAAGACGGCAAAAAAAGAAUACAAACGUUCUUAGAACAAGUUGAAACGGAGGCGACUGAAAAUGGAAGCUGCUAUUCGUGCACAAUUGAUUUUGAAAAUAAAGAAGAAGCAUGGAAAAUCAAAAAAAUUAAACGAAAAAGAAUAAAGGGCAACACGUUUCUUGAAGAGUUCACGAAGCUUGUCCAUGAAAGUAUUCCAUCUUAAUUUUGUUUUUUUUUGUUGCUAAAACAACCAAAAAAAACCUUAAUUAUUAUGAAAAUUUAGAUAUUCAAAAAAACUGAAGUUCCUUCAAUUUUUUAAUAUAUUCUGCACCCAACUUGACUCUGUUAAAUUUAUUGAAAAUGAUCAUUUUUCACGCCCCCAUUUUAUUCUGAAUUCUCUUUUAAUAUUUUUUUAAACCGAUUUUCUCUUUUUCGACCGAAAUCCUAACGACUUCUCCCCAUUUCUAGUCUAUUAUUGUUUUCCUCGCUUUUUUUGCCAGUUUUUCCCUUUUUUAUUAGUAGCAAGGUUUUCUGGUACAGUACUCUUUGUUGUUCAAGAUAUUUCAGAAAUUUCAGAUUAGUGAACGUUUAAUUUUCAAGGUGGAGUUGCGCCAGUGGGGAUUUUGUAAAAAUACACUUAUAAUAAUCAAAAACGGCCGAAUAUAAUAAUAAAACUCUCCAAAAAAUUUUCAGAAUUUUCAUAAUUUCCGGUCAAAGUUUUGGCAAAUUGCCAAAAUUUUGAAAAAUACAGUUUUUGAGGAAAUUCGAAGCAAUGUUGCAUGUUCCGACCCCCUACAACAUUUUAAUACCAAUAAUUAAAACAAACUUACAGUAAAAUGUAGGAAAAGAAAACUUUUGGGUCGACUUCCAAAAUUAUGAGUGGCAAAAACUGAGUAUUUGUCACUUUUUGACAGUAAAUAAACAAUUUUCAAAAUUUUUUUGAUAAGUUUUAUUAUGAUAUUCGGCCAUUUUGACAUCAUAGUAGUAGUUUUUAACACUUUUCCCACUGGCGCUAAUCCACCUUCAACCAAAAGAGGAAACUUUUUCAAAACCAACGGGAAACGAUUGUCAGUCAUAUUAUGAUAAUAAAGUUGUUUUAGUC